GAGUGUCGAGCAGCGGCAGGGUGGCUGGAAACUGGCAGCGCGGACAAUGGGAGAGUCGAGCCUUUAAAAUCGGGUUCGAAAAGGGGGACGCAAAUGAAUGCGGCAAAGUGGAGCUUCUUACUGUGCGCCACUGUGAGCGCUGUCAUCUGCCUCUGCAUCUACAUCACCAGCAAAGUCAAGCGCCCCGUGCCCCAGGGCUGGAAGUUUGACUGCGCUGAAUGCGGGGACUAUCCGGACGAGCUGUGCACCGCGCUUUUCCAAGGGAAGGCGGCAGCCCUGGUCCUGGGAGCCGAGUGCGAGCAGAUCCACCGGCCGGAGGCGACGGGAGGCCGCCCGGUCAACUGUUCCCGGCUGCUGGCCUCGCACUCCUACAUCACGGAGACGCUGUCCCAGGAGGAGGCGGACUUCCCCCUGGCUUACAUCCUGGCCGUGCACAAGGACCUGGACACGCUGGAGUGGCUCUUCAGGGCCAUUUACACCCCCCAGAACAUCUACUGUAUCCACGUCGACAACAAGACGUCGGAGGGCUUCAGGCAGGGGGUUCAAGGGCUGGCCGACUGCUUCCACAACGUGUUCCUCGCCUCCCGGAGCGAGAAGGUGGUGUACGGCGGCUUCUCUCGGCUGCAAGCGGACAUUAACUGCAUGGAGGAGCUGGUGCUCUCACAGGUCAAGUGGAAAUACGUGAUCAACCUUUGCGGCCAGGAUUACCCGCUGAAAACCAACAGGGAGCUGGUGCGGUUCUUGAGGAGUCGGUGGAAGAAUAAAAACAUCACCCCGGGGAUCGUGCAGCCCGAGCACAUGAGGCACAGGACCAGCCAUGUUCACAGGGAGUACAUCUCCCCGGGCCAGUCCUAUGUGAUAAAGACACAGAAGAGGAAGGCGGGGGGCGUGCCGCACGGCCUCAAACUUUACUUCGGUUCCGCUUACUAUGUCCUCACCAGAGAGUUCGUCAACUUCGUGCUGACUGAUCAGCGGGCGAAGGACUUGCUGCAGUGGUCGAGGGACACGUACAGCCCCGAUGAGCAUUACUGGGUCACCUUAAACCGCAUGGCAGAUGCACCAGGAGCAGAUCCUAAUGCUGAGUGGGAAGGCAAUGUAAGAUCAAUUAAAUGGCUGGACCAAGCUCAAGUGAACCACAAUGGUUGUAAAGGUCACUAUGUUCGUAGCAUCUGUGUGUAUGGGCUGGGAGACCUGGAAUGGCUUGCCCAAAAGGACAGUUUAUUUGCAAACAAAUUUGAAGUCAACAGCCACCCACUGGUGGCACAGUGCAUGGAGCGGUGGUUAAGGCCAAAGACUUUGUCUCAGUCUGAAGUACCUAUUCAGCAAGGAUGGCACAUUAAGAAUAACAAGUGUUUCUUUGACAUCGAAAACAAUGAUUGUAGCAUCCCUUUGAUGUGAUGGGCAGAUCCUUGAUUGUACAAGAAGCAAGGAAAAGAAAGAGUUUCCAUAUCCCACAUCCUUUUUUUUUAAUCCUAAAAGGAAACUAGUUUUCCGUCAGUGGUUAGAUAGAAAAAUGUUUUCUCAUCUUUUUCCAUUUAGAAAUGUGUUGCUUCCCUUGUCCUCCAAUUUGUAUCUCAUUGAAAGUUUUAUAUUUUUCUUCUCAUGUGUAAAUUCUGUGUUGAACAUCAUUUGUGAGUGAAGAGGAUGAAUGGAUGGCCAAAACUCCCAAAGGCCCUGCCAAAUAUGUGCAUUCAUCUGCUAGAAGAUAUAGAAGAGCAGCCAUGAUUUUAUUUUCUCCUUUCUUCCACCUGCUUGUUGCCUCCUUUGCUUGGUACCCCUUCCAAUGGAUGGGAAAGGAACGUUGCCAAUAUGCUGAAACCAUAAGUUAUUUUCUGCAGAAUACAUUGGCAGUAUCCUCAAGCAGACAACCAAAGGAACAAGAUGCAUCCAAUUCUGAAAACCAGAGCCACUGAAAGAAUAGUAAUUUAGAAAGUGAGCUACUUGAACAAUCGAAAAGCAGUAUAUUAGAAUGCAUUAGGAAUGUUUAAGGAGGAUCAGGUUAGCAACUCAUAGACACUGGAUGGUCUGAGAAGAAAUGGAGCUUGUUCUGUUUAAAUAUCUGAUGCAUAAUCCAAGGAAUUCCAAAUUUUAUAAUGCAGUAUCUAUGGUGGGCAAACAUUGGAGUCCAUUGUUAAGACAACAAUUUAAGCAAUUUAAUUCAAGUUAACAUAUCAAUGAAUGGAAACUAAUAUUUAACAAAUUUUAUUGGUGUUUUGUGAGGAUGAAACAAUUAAUUAAUGAGGUUAAGAAACUGGACAUUUUAUAACUUAACUUUCAGAAAGCAAGUGGUAUAAGUUUUAUCACAUGAGAUUUACAGCUAUAAUGAAAGCCAAAGAUGUUAAGCUUCAUGUAAGGUGGAGUACUGCAUUAAUUUUAUUAUUAAUAGGAAAUAGUAUUUAACCAUUGUUUUAGUUCUAAUAGGUCACUUUAGACCAAAGGAGUCUGGCCUUGGAGGUGCUACCAUUUCAGAUAUUUAUCAUAUGAUAAAAAUACUCCAAGUAUUGUAAGUAGUAAUUGAGCAGAUAAAUCACGAUUAAGAUUGAAAAAUGUAACAACAUUGAAUAUUGACAAAUUAAUUGCUGAUACGGAAUAUAGAGAAAAUCAUCUUGUAUUUAUAAAGCACCUUUACUGUAGAUGUAAACCCAAAGGCACUUUGGUGUGUUAUUGUUCACUCAGGGAGUCAGAAUUGCUGUGGCAACAUGUAGUCUGGAGCUAUGGAUAGUGAUGGUAGAGGCUCCAAAGUUCUUUCACAUGACCGACCAGGAAUCUCUCCCACUGUUACUGCCUGUCUUUGGCAUAUGUUGGAAGGAUUUGCAGGUUGAUACUCAGCUUGUUUGUCCAUAUUAUGAACGCACCUUCCUUUGCCAUCGAGUCCCAGAGUGGGACUUGAACCCGGAGGGUCUGCUUUAGAGGCAGGGACAUUACCCACUGUGCCACAAGACCACCAAAGGCACUUUACAGAAGCAUAAUUCAAUAAAAAUGAAUGCCAGUCAAAAAUUGAGAUAUUACAAAGGAUGUUACAAAGUUUAGUCAAAGAGAUGGGUUUAAGGAGGGUCUUAAAAAAGAAGCAAAGAUUUUAAUGAGGGAGUUCCAAAAUAUAAAGUCUAGUUGGCUGAAGGCGCAGUCACCACUGGUGGGGUGAAGGAAAUGUGGGAUGUUAACAAGCUAGGAGUCCAAAGAAAAGAUUUUAAAUGCAAGGAUGAGAGCUUUACAUUAGGGAAUUGGGAACCAGUAUAGAUCAUAAAGGAUAAAAACAAAAAAACUGCAGAUGCUGGAAAUCCAAAACAA